CAGACAGGAGGUCGAAACCAGCCCCUCUCUCUCCCCCUUCUCUCUCUCUGUCUCUCUCUCUUUCUGACUUUGAACGUUUUGGACUUAGCUCUGCUAAUAAAGCUCAGAAGCUCAACUCCAGAAGACUCGCGCUAAUAAGGCAGACUGCUUCGCGCUACAUGGCUGCUGUAGACUAUGAACAAGCCUUGUACUGGACAAUACAGUGCCACUAUUAAGUGUUACACAGUACACAGGAAGCCUAAUCUAUGCUGUGAGCAGCGUCCUGUACUGUAGUCAUUGUAGAUACUAUUGACUUGUUGAGUGUCUUCAGCCUUCAAGCACUUUGAUGGGCGACCCAAAAGGUUUCCGGGGCCUGCCCAUAGAGGACCAAAUCACCCUUAUCCAGUAUUCUUGGAUGUGUCUGUCCUCCUUCAGUCUCAGCUGGAGGUCCUACAAACACACAAACGGACAGAUGCUCUACUUUGCCCCCGACCUCGUCUUCAACGAGGACCGCAUGCAGCAGUCAGCCAUGUACGACCUGUGUCUGGGCAUGAGGCAGGUGAGCCAGGAGUUUGUCAGGCUGCAGCUCACCUACCAAGAGUUCCUCUCCAUGAAAGUGCUGCUGCUGCUCAGCACAGUUCCCAAAGAGGGUCUGAAGAACCAGGCAGCGUUUGAGGAGAUGAGGGUGAACUACAUCAAGGAGCUGAGGAGGUCUGUGGGCAAGGCCACCAACAACUCUGGACAGACGUGGCAGCGCUUCUUCCAGCUCACCAAGCUACUGGACGCCAUGCAUGAUCUGGUGGGGAACCUGCUAGACUUCUGUUUCUACACGUUCCGUGAGUCUCAGGCUCUGAAGGUGGAGUUUCCAGAGAUGCUGGUGGAGAUAAUCAGUGACCAGAUACCAAAGGUGGAGUCGGGCAACACACACACCCUCUACUUCCACAAGAAGUGACUGUACUGAGUCCUUGAGAGAAAGAGAGAGAACGAAAUAGCGAGAGGGGGAGGAGUGGGAGAGGAGGAAGGAAGGACCCUAGCCUUAGGAGUGGCCUAACUACUAUGCCAGGCAGUCGGUCUGCUGCCCCCUCCACUUUCUGAAAUGGGACAGGAAGUGGACAGGAAGUGACACGUGAGGGGCAGGAAGUGAGAUUGAGGAAGUAGGAAGUUGAGUCCACUAAACUGCAGUCUCCGUCCGCUGGUUAGAGAGGUGACGCUGAGUGAGUGACAUCUCGGCGCCAAGGAAAACGCACUGAGGAGGACUUUUCAAAAUGUGACAAAGAAGCAUCCCGACCCUUAGGCCCCCCCCCCCAAAGACGAUGAUGAUGACAAUGUUUUUCUAUGGAUACGAAGCCAUACAUUUUUUUGGUUGCGCUACAGUCCAUACGUUCACACACACAUGCGUACAGUAAUGCAGCACGCACACAGAUAGACAGUAACAAACGCCAUCUUAGCCUCCUGAAAAAUGUCAAAUGAUAACUGUGCUUUUGCAUUGAUUCAUGGAUACUAGUACUACUACUCUGACAAUAUGGAAAACAAUUCUUAGAUGUUGCUAUGCAGUGUAUUGUCAUUAGGUUACAUGGCAACAUAUACUUUUUCCAUGACAAAGACUAAAUCUAGGGUUUCUGUGAGAGGAUCAAGGUCUAUUUGAACAUGCUCCAAGGGCUAUACAUGCUUAACAAACUGAAUAGUUGCAUAAAAAGCUAACAAAUUCUACUUUGGUUCUGUAGUGGUGUGUAUUACAACACCCAAAUGCCCACAUUACUCAAAUUGUUAUAGCGUUGUAUAACGAUCAAAAACUUAACUCUUAAUAAUAUGCAAAAACUUCAGAAUGAAGAAUUUUCAAAGUAUGGUGUUUUGUGUGAUCCAGUGUGAAGAAAGUUGAGUAACAGUUAAAAGUAAAUCUCCCAUGUCAUAUGUGAAGGCUUUCUGAUAUGAAGAUGAUUAACAAUGCAACAUUUGUCAAUAGAUGAAUUCCAUCCAAAAUAGGUGCGGGAGUAUGGAAAAACCUGAUGGAUUCACAAUAUGACUUUCCCUCACAUCGUAACGCAUUUGACGGCGGUACACCCAGUUAGAUAUCCAGGGGUUCUCAAACUUUUUGGGGCCGGGGACCUCUUUUUUGAUAGCAAAUUCAUCAGGAACCCCUUCAUAAUCAGAACACAACUCAAGUGAGUUAAAAAUAGCAUACAAGGAUUUUAACUAUGACUUUGGCAGUGCACGGCUGGACGAACCAAGUCUUGGGCCUUGGGAAGGACCAUUUUAAAGGCCCUUGGCAUCGGAGAGAAAAUGUUGCCAUUUUAAAGAUAGUUUCCUGCAAUUCUACACAUUUUGUCAUGGGGAUGAUUUUUGUUGUUGUUGCAGUUUUAAAGCUAAUAUCCUGAAAUUCUACACAUUUGGAUAUGAGCCAGAGAGAAAAACUGGCAGUUUUAAAGCUUGAAUUACAGUGCAUAUAAAAACAUUUUUGGGGAAUACAAGAACAAUUAAAGUUGGAAAAUGUAUAAUUGGUGGAGUACUGUGGAUACCAAUAUCCCUGUGAGCCUCCCAGGCCCAUGUUGCCCAGGGUUAAGAACAGGGAGUCUUUUUUAAUAAUAAAAAGACCCCCUGCAAUGGACCCCACUUUGAGAACCCCUGAGUUAUACAGUAUAAUUGCCAUUGGUUGUGAAAACAUCAGAGCACCCAUUUCCUGGUCUAUUUCUACCUACUCACAGUGCAUCCAAACCAGCGCCCUUUGCCAAGUCAACCGACACUUAUCUACCGUUUCCAGAAAUAAUAAUAAAGCAUUUUGUAAGAGUGUUGUUGCAAAGGUUUUCUUUUUUUUUUUAAAGCCAGACAUUUUACACCUAAGGUGCUUCUUUUUGUAAACGCAAAGCAGAUGAAUAACACUUUUCUGGUAACUAACACAUGUACAAUUAUCAGCAUUAGAUACAGGGUUGGGUAGGUUACUUUCUAAAUGUAAUCUGUUAGUUACUAGUUACCUGUUCAAAAUGUUCAUCAGUAAUGUAAUUUUGGGAUUACCCAAACUCAGUAAUGUAAUCUGAUUACGUUCAUGUACUUUUUGAUUACUUUCCCCUUAAGAGACAUUAGAAAACGACAAAAAUAAUCCAUCAAACGCAUUUGGUGUGUCAUCAGUGGUUUCCGACUUGUGGUCAGACCCGCUCAGGUGGAACAAACGUAAACUUGCGCCUUUCUCAUUGAGAAAACAGAAAGGUGUUGUCAUGUAUUUUUUUCACAAACAUCCUUUCUGAAUUCCAAUAAGUAAUCAUCUAGUUUUUCAAAGGUAAAGUAACUGAUUACAGUUGCAGUUAUUUAGUAAUCAGAUGACAUGUAACUCCCCAACCAUGAUUAGAUACAAUAACAACCUUCAAACAUACUGUAUGAUGUUGAUGUUGGAAAAUGCCAUUACUCUAUAGUCACAGUGCUUUCAGUAAAUGCAUAAUGUAUUCAAACUUACCCGGCAAGCGGAAAAUACAUACAGGAAAUGUAAUGGUACUUGCUUAGGUUACAGUCACAUUUUUCCCACUGUUGUACAGAAACUGUUUUGAAAGUACAUGUUGAUACUGCUGAUAAAUGACUGACUCAUUG